AUGCAGAUCAUGCAGGAACUUAGGAGACAACAUGGGGCUGAGCUACAGCAAGCCAAGCUGGAACAAGCUCCGCUGCAGGAACGUGAGUCGCAUGACAGGAAGGCCCUAGAGGACCUUCAGGCUCAACAUGCUAAGCUCAAGAAAGCCCUGCAGGAGAAGGAUGGGCAGCACCAGUUGGCAUUGGAGGAACUUAGGAGACAACAUGGGGCUGAGCUACAGCAAGCCAAGCUGGAACAAGCUCCGCUGCAGGAACGUGAGUCGCAUGACAGGAAGGCCCUAGAGGACCUUCAGGCUCAACAUGCUGAGCUCAAGAAAGCCCUGCAGGAGAAGGAUGGGCAGCAUCAGUUGGCUUUGGAGGAGCUAAAGAAACAACAUAGUGCUGAGCUACAGCAAGCACAGCGGGAACAAGCUCCGCUGCAGGAAGGCGAGUCACAUGACGGGAAGGCCCAAGAGGACCUUCAGGCUCAACAUGCUAAGCUCAAGAAAGCCCUGCAGGAGAAGGAUGGGCAGCAUCAGUUAGCUCUGGAGGAGCUAAACAAACAACAUAGUGCUGAGCUACAGCAAGCCCAGCGGGAACAAGCUCCACUCCAGGCAGUUUGUAUGGUACUGCGUGAAAGACCUUCAGGCUCAACAUGCUGA